UCUGUCUCUCUCUGUCUCUCUCAGAGAGGUUCAUAUUUCCACUGGGUCUGAGUCAGGGUGCUCAAACAAGAGAGGAUGGAUGAGGCGUUAUUACAGAAAGAAAGAGGAGAGGAAAGAGAGGGUAGCCUAACAUGGGGUGUGUUGGGUCAAGAAGUGAAGGGACUAGGCUACAUAGCUGGGCCUAUGGUGACUGUGACUUUAUCACAGUAUCUGUUGCAAGUAAUAUCGGUGAUGAUGGUGGGUCACCUGGGUGAACUUUAUCUCUCCAGCACUGCCAUCGCCAUCUCUCUUUCUGGUGUCACUGGUUUCAGUAUCAUGUUGGGAAUGGCUAGUGCGCUGGAAACUCUAUGCGGGCAAGCUUAUGGAGCUCAGCAAUACAAAAAACUUGGAACUCAGACUUACACAGCUAUUUUCUCUCUCAUCAUUGUUUGUAUCCCGCUUUCUAUCUUAUGGAUAUAUAUGGGUGAAAUACUCAUUUUCAUAGGCCAAGACCCUUCGAUUUCACAUGAAGCUGGAAAAUUCACAAUGUUUCUUGUUCCAGCUCUAUUUGCUUAUGCAACUCUUCAACCACUUGUAAGAUACUUUCAAAUGCAAAGUAUGGUCGUCCCCAUGCUCGUAUUCUCAUGUGCCACUCUUUGUAUACACAUACCUCUUAGUUGGGUGCUAGUGUUUAAGUCUGGGUUAGGAAACCUUGGAGCAGCAGUAGCAAUUGAUAUUUCACUGUGGUUGAAUGUGAUUAUCGCUGGUCUAUACAUGAAGUACUCUUCCACCUGUGAAAAUACCCGUGUCCCAAUUUCAAUGGAUGUGUUCCAAGGAAUUGGAGAGUUCUUCCGCUUUGCCAUCCCCUCUGCUAUUAUGAUUUGUCUUGAAUGGUGGUCAUUUGAGCUACUUAUCUUGCUGUCAGGACUUUUACCAAAUCCACAACUUGAGACUUCAGUACUGUCUGUAUGCCUCAACACAAUUGCUACACUCUAUUCUAUACCAUAUGGACUUGGUGCUGCUGUCAGCACUCGAGUUUCAAAUGAAUUAGGAGCCGGGAAUCCACGACUAGCUCGUGUAGCUGUCUUUGCUGUGAUGCUUCUUGCUGUCUUAGAAACCACAAUUGUAAGUGCAACCCUCUUUGCCAGCCGGCAUGUUUUCGGCUACACAUUCAGCAAUGAAAAGGAAGUUGUGGAUUAUGUCACAUCAAUGGCUCCUCUGGUUUGUCUAUCUGUUAUAAUGGAUAGUAUACAAGGAGUACUUUCAGGAGUUGCUAGGGGGUGUGGGUGGCAGCAUAUAGGAGCUUAUGUCAAUCUUGCAGCAUUUUACCUCUUUGGAAUUCCUAUUGCUGCCACCUUGGGUUUCUGGGUGCAGUUACGGGGAAAAGGUCUUUGGAUCGGAAUCCAAGCUGGUGCUAUUCUACAAUCAAUUAUGCUCUCUAUAAUAACUAGUUGCACAGAUUGGGAAAAGCAGGCAAGUAAGGCAAGGGAAAGAUUAUUGGAGGAAACAUCUUCGGCUAAUAACGGAUUAAUGUGAAUUGAGACGUAGCUAUGGAAAAGCUGUGAAAGAAAACCUUUACCCAAUUUAGAAACAGGAUACGAGCUCAUGUUUCUUUUUGGCUCCAAAAAUUUUGUAAAAUUGCAUUUUUGUUGUUGUACUUGUUUAGUCUACACUAUGUGGGUGUGAGAAACAUUUGUUUUCCUUUAAACUUCCCCCUUUUGCUUCAAAUAAAACUCUAGAGGAGAUGUUCUUCCUCUCUCAUGAAUUAGAACAAGUUAAUGUGAAAAGUAGGAAGACUACUUGAUAUAUUUUGGAAGCUAAUCAUCAAGAAAGACCCUUAGUAGGUGCCAAGGUCAAAUUGGGAGGAUCCAGAGUUUCAGUUAAUCGCUCAAUGUAAUCGGGUUUCAAAUUCCUUUGAAUAC